AUGAAAGAACUCAAACAAGGACUUAGGACGGCUAAAGGGGACCAUGAAAUGACUUUGGCGAACAGGAUUAAGGGAAAUCCCAAGCAAGAGGCUGCUUUGGCUUCAGGAGUCAUGAUUCUUAACGUUGGGGGUGAGAUCUACACCACAACAGUAAGUACCCUGAGGAAAUAUCCUCGAUCCACACUGGCCGAGCUGUGCAGCAAUCCUGGCAAAGCAACCAUCGACCAGAAAGGGAGAAUCUUCAUCGACAGAGAAGGAACGUUCUUCAAAUACAUCCUGGCCUUCCUUCGCAGCGGGCAGUCACCAACCCACUACAUCCAGGAAAUUUACCAGGAGGCCCUGUUCUAUAACAUCGAGCCACUGGUAGAGCUGCUGAAGGAUUCGCCGGCAUUGUAUGGUGAGCUGGUCGGGAGGCAGCAGUUUUUGAGCGAGGUGCCAAAUUACAGGGAGAACAUCGAAGUGGUCAUUCAGCUGGCCAGGGCGGAUAGCGUGGGGUCUCGUCGAUCCUGGGUGAUGGCCUGUGUCAUCAAAAACAAAGAGGAUGAGGCAAAAGUCCUGGACGCCAUUGAUGAUCUGGGCCCCAGCAAAGAUACUCUGGUGAAAUUCGGCCCCUGGAGAUUUUCGCCAACAGUCUCCGAUUUACUGGACUGCAUCAAACUGGACAUUGAGAAACGAGGCUACAAUGUUUCUUACCAGCCCUACAAGGCAGGGAGAGGGCUGCUCUCCCACUCUUGCAACUUGUUCUAUGAACUUAUUUUCACUUGGUGGUAA